AUGACCGCUGGCGCGCUGUUUUCAGAAUUAACUGAUGAUACUUCCGCAGUCGAGGUAGCACCCCCAUCAAUCCCAUCCGGCGAAGCGAUUCCAAAGGCAUCGGUUGGCACCUUCACUUACCCUGUGUUACAAGCAGCUGAUAUCCUGUUGUACGGCGCCAAUCUGGUCCCUGUUGGAAGCGAUCAAACGGCCCAUAUCGAGUUGGCUCGUGAUUUGGUACGAGCCACCACUUUUCGAUGGCCUUCGCUGGCCUCCAUCUUGCAAAUGCCUGCAAGUGCAUCGCUUGGUGUCCCCAAGAUCAAUAGUCUUCGUGAUCCGUCUAAAAAGAUGAGCAAGUCCGAUGCCACGGACUCUGCCAUCAUUUACAUCACGGACCCACCAGAUGUGAUUCGUUCGAAAGUGAAGCGUGCGGUAACGGACUCCCAACCGGGUCUUAGCUACGAUCCCGAUCAAAGGCCUGGGUUGUCUAACUUGCUGCGCAUUUUGGCUGCUAUUCAGAAUUGUGCCGUGGAAGAGAUUCUCAGCCAAGCCUCCAAAUGGACCAAGGAGGUGCUCAAGCGUCGUGUGACCGAUGCACUGGUCGAAGAGCUAGAUCCACUUCGUACUCGCAUCGCGGAUCUCAAAAGCACCACUGAGGGAAGGCGUACGAUUUCACAAGUACUACAGGAUGGUUCCGCUGUUGCGAACACUCUUGCUCGGGAGAGGCUACGUCUUAUCUAUUCGGCAAUCGGUUGCUCAAUCCCUUCUCUUGAAAUUCAUUCAUCGACUGAUCGAAUGGACCCCACUGAACAGACAUCAUUUUUGUCCAGUUAACCACUUUGUAUAUUUAUGUAAUAAUUUCAGCUGC